AUGAAUCACCAAAAGAUGCAGGCUUUGAAGGACAUAUGCUUAAGAGGUCUUGAAGUUACACGUGUGUUCAACCAGGGAUUUAAAAUAUUAAACAGAAGUUGCCAUUUGUGUGGAGGGAGAGUGCACUGCUGUUUGAGUGUGCCAGCAGAUCAAUUAAAAAAAAACAGUGCAGAUCAACUCUUCUUAAAUGAGCACCAGUUAAUUUUGUGGAUUUACGAUCCCGAAAGUGCAGAUGCCUCUGAGUUGAAUCACACUGCAGUUUUUCCAUCAGAAAGUUCUCAGAUACUCAGCAAGAUGUUACAGAUUUGGGGACAGAAACCUGUUGUUCAGACCUAUUUCAAGCAAAAAACAUACCACUCUGAGAGGCUUCCAAAAUUGGGGUGGCUCAAUGGGGGCUAUGGGAAAGGUGGGGGAGAAGAAAUACUUCGAAUGCAUUCAAGAUAUUGGUGUUCAUCUGUUUAUCCAGUGCAGAGUGGAAAACAAUUAAGUACUUGGGCAGCAGGGAUGUCUACUGAGCUGUAUGUUGGAUACAAUGAAGCAUUUAAUAAAAUAGCAGAUACUGCAAGCUUAGUGAAGAUCGUCAGUUUUCCAAACACUGCUUCUUUAACUGUAACAACUGUUAGCUGUGACUCAGUCCCAUGCGAAGUGACAAUGUCACUUAUUUGCAAUGCCUGCAGCUCCUCCAGACUAUUUUUUCUGGCAUUUUAUAAUGAAGGCAGACAACUUUGGGGCUUAGGAGAUUUUUGCUUACCUGUUCCUCACAGUUCUGCUAUGAGGAUGAUAUACAUAAAUUCAGCAUUAUCUUCUGGACUGCUGUGGGAUGAUGUGUUUGCUACACCUGUAAAAACAGCAUGGAUAAUGGAUAUCUUCAUGUGUCUGGAUCAACACAACCAGAAAUGUCUGAUGGGAGCACUAUCCACCAGAUUAUUCUCGGAAUUUACAUUUUCUCAUCAAACUGACAAUAUUUUAGAAUCCAAUUAUACACAGGCGUUAGAACUGACCAGUGGUGUUAUGUCAGCUGAACUGAAGCCUCGUGCUGUUGAAAAUGCAUGUGAAUUACAGCAUCAGGUCUCUCACUUUUUUGUUGGCUGCCCUCCAGGAAGGCACAUUGCUGUUAAGAUAUAUGAUGGUGAUAUUUGUGUUAGAAAUGUUGAAGCAAAUUUUGUAUUAUGGGAGAUAAAAGGCAGAACUGACGAUGGGUACACUUCAUCCAUGAAAAAAAAUUACAGAUCCUGUUUUGAGCUUGAGAACAGUUCAAAGGAAGGACUGAAUGAGCAGUAUCAGAUUUUAAACAGCACUUCUCAAAACCACAUGGCUCGGCCUUUUAGUCAUGAUGCCACUUACCUGUUCAGAGUGAGGAUAUUAACUCGAAACUACAGGUCAGAUGUUUCUAUGGCUAAGUUUUAUUCCUUCAUCACACUCAGCACCUUGUUGGUCUGCGCCACCUUCUGCUACAGAUACAGCCUCACUUGGAAGUCUGAAACACUGGGCAGAAGACCUAAAGGCCAGUAUCUCACUGAUACACUAACAAAGUAAAACUUUAAAUAGGAUGGUGUUUGGGACAAGUGAUACACUGUUUAUUAACAGAUGGUUUUGCAAGUACUUCUUAUGUCUCUAUAAUACUAUUUAAUGCAUUCAGUUUCAUAUACAGAGGGCAUGCCAGUCAACGUGUCAGAGCUCCUAUAGGAGCAGAGCUCUGGUGUGGCUAACAGUUUUUAAAAGACAUUUUCCAAGCCAAGCUAAGUUAAGCUGCAGCUGUGAGCCUCAUGCUUGAGUUGGCUUCACAUUAUGAUUUUCACUGACUCAACUAUGGUGUCAGCAUAAUUUUUCAGUGUGAAAUCUGAUAAAACAAUGCAGGCAAAGUUUCUGCUCUGUCAAAGGGCUGCAGCCAAUCAAGUUCUGAAAGUGCUCAGCACAGUCCACAGAGGGAAUAUUGUGUGUUUCUGACGAUGUCUUUUGAUGCUACAUGUUUUACUUCUGCUAACAAAUGUUAAUUCUAUCUUAAAGUGUGUAUUUGGAUCAUACUUCCUCUCAAGCUUAUUCACUUCUUCAGUAUAUAAAUGUUUGUUAUAAUAUAGUUGUAAAAGUUAUAGUUGGUUGCAGUAGUUACAUUUGUUAUAUCAAUAAGCAGUCAUGCUUGCAUCUAUUUUUAACACCAUCUGAAGCUGUUAAAAGUGUCAGGCUUCCAGCCUGAAUUUUCUUAUCAUCAAAUGAACAUACCUUGCAAAGCUUAUGCUCUUAAUGGCAAUUGUUUCAUUUCUCCAAAACAAAUUAACAAAAUUCUAUUGAUAAA